AUGCAGGGUCUCCUUCUCUCUCUCGGCCUUCUGGCCUCCUCCGCUGUCAGCUUCGUCGCUGCCGCCGAUGUCAAGAUCGACGUCACCCAGGAGGUCGAGUGCGACCGCAAGUCCAAGAAUGGCGACAAGCUCACCAUGCACUACCGUGGUACCUUGCAGUCCAAUGGCCAGCAGUUCGAUGCCAGCUACGACCGCGGAACCCCUUUCAGCUUCAAGAUUGGCAGCGGCCAGGUCAUCAAGGGAUGGGAGCAGGGUCUGCUGGACAUGUGCAUUGGCGAGAAGAGAACCCUGACCAUCCCCCCUGAGCUCGGAUACGGACCCCGCGGCAUGGGACCCAUUCCCGGCGGCUCGAUCCUUGUUUUCGAGACCGAGCUGGUCGGCAUCGACGGCGUUCCCAAGCCCGAGAAGAUCAUCAUCAAGGCGUCCGAGGCUGCCAGCGAGGCUGUUGAGUCCGCCACCGAGGGCGUUGCCGAGAAGGUCGCCAGCAAGGUCGCCGAGGCCGCCGACGUCGUCAAGACCAUUGUCGCUGACUCCGACUCGGACGGCCAGGAGCACAACGAGCUCUAA